AAACCGACAUUUCAUGCGUUCCAUUUCCGCUUCUCAGUGGUCAAUUUGACCACCGCGGUGGUGAUGAAAUAGAGGAGGAUGAUUUGCUUGCUGAGCUUGACGGAGUUCACUCCUUCCAGCUCACCUCUCUCUGCUGAUCAUGUCGAAGUGGCGCAGGAAAGCCAAACCAACACUGCCCCAACGUCUCCUCGUCCCGCUCCUCAUGCUCAUCUUCCACUUCACCCCCUCCGCCGCCAUCGAUCUCCUCUUCAACGGCUUCGAGGCCUCCGACCUCGACCUCUACGCCAACGCCACCCUCGAGCCGUUCCCCUCCUCCGCCGCCCCCGUCCAACGUCGCCACCGCCGCCGCUACCUCUCCCUCACCGCCAACGACACCUUCUCCCUCGGUCGCGCCCUUCUACCCUCCCCCGUCACCACCAAGUCCCCCAACUCCUCCGAGGCGCUGCCCUUCGCUACCUCCUUCCUCUUCUCCAUCGCCCCCGUGCCCCAAGCUCUCCCUGGUCACGGCAUCGCCUUCCUCUUCGCCCCCGAACCUGGCACCCUCGGCGCCACGUCUUCCCAGCACCUCGGCCUCUUCAACCUCUCCACCGACGGCGACCCCUCCGACCGCGUACUCGCCGUCGAGUUCGACGUCUUCCAGAACGAGGAGUUCCACGACAUCAACGCCAACCACAUCGGCGUCGACCGCAACUCCCUUACCUCCGUCGCCGCCGCCCCUGCCGGUUACUGGCCCGACGACGAGGGCGGUGCCGCUGCCUCCUUCGUCGGACUCACCCUGAACGACGGGACCAACUACCAGGCUUGGGUCGACUACGCAGGCGGCCGGCUCAAUGUCACCAUGGCCCCGGUCUCGUUCGGUCGGAAGCCGCGCCGCCCCCUCCUCUCCGUUGAGAUCGACCUCUCCGACCUCUUCCUCGACAAGAUGUACGUCGGGUUCUGCGCCUCCACCGGGCGAUUGGUGGAGCACCACCGCGUCCUCGGCUGGAGCUUCAGCAACUCCAACUUCUCCGCCGCAGACGGCCUAAUCACCUCCGAUCUCCCCAAUUUCAUCCCGCCGGCGACCGAAUCCGAUGCGAUUUCGAGAAGGCACCUCGUCAUCGGCCUCUCCGUGGCUGCGAUCGUCGUUCUGCUCUCGAUCUUGGGGAUAUGGAUGGCGAUCCGUCGCAGGAGAAGUAGGAAACGAAGCACGGAAGAGGUAUGCGAGGAGACGAUCGAGGACUGGGAAUCCGAGUAUUGGCCGCAUCGAAUUGCUUACCAGGAGAUCGUCACCGCCACGGAGGGUUUCUCCAACAGCAACCUAAUCGGCCGCGGCGGCAAUGGGAGGGUCUACAAAGGAGUUCUCGGCGGCGCACAGGUGGCCGUGAAGCUCUUCUCUCAGACCAACGAGGAGGAGGCGAAGCAUUUCGCAGCGGAGGUCUCGACCCUCGGCCGGCUGAAGCACCGGAACCUGGUCGGCCUCCGCGGAUGGUGCCGGGCACGACGAACGGCCGCUGCCGGUGGCGGCGACGCGAUGAUCCUGGUGUACGACUACAUGGAGAACGGGAGCCUGGACCAAUGGAUCUUCGGCGCCGGUCAGCCGCUGGAUUGGGGAUCGAGUGUGAGGAUCCUCCGGGAUGUGGCGGCGGCGGCGCUAUACCUGCACGAGGGUUGGGGCGAGGCGGUGGUGCUCCACCGCGACAUCAAGGCAAGUAACGUGAUGCUGGACGGGGCGAUGACCGGCCGUUUAGGGGACUUCGGCCUGGCGCGGGCCCACCAGCGGGGGCGGGCGCUGGGGACCACCCGGGUGGUGGGUUCGGCGGGUUACCUUGCGCCGGAGGUGGUGCGGACCGGCCGGGCGACGACGGCGACGGACGUGUACGCCUUCGGAGUGCUGGCGCUGGAGGUGGCGAGCUGGCGGCGGGCAGCGGAGGAGGGGCUGCCGCCGCUGGUGGCCUGGGCGAGGGAGGCCGCCGCGAUGGGCGGGGAGGCGGCUGUGGUGGACCGGAGGGUGAGGGCGUCGGAGCGGUACGACGAGGGGGAGGCGGCGCGGGUGGUGGCGGUGGGGCUGGCGUGCACGCGCGUCGCCGCGGCUGCGCGGCCCACGAUGAGACAAGUGGUGCGGAUGUUCGAAGCCGGCGAGGACGAAACGGCUGACGGCGGGGACGACUCGACGUCCUUGCUGCUGGACGCCAGACUGAAGCCGGCGAUGCGGUCCGACAAGGCGUUUGCCUCCGCAGGGGCCCAACGGCAGCCGCACCGCCAUCUCACGUUCGAGGAGCUGCGGCACUCGAUUUCCUGUUCGACGUCGCUCUCCGGAUCCGACGUCAUCUUAGAGGGACGCUAAAAUUCUCCGUUUCGUUACCUUUUCACACACACACAUAUAUAUAUAUAUAUAUAUAUAUAUAGGAAACGUUCAAAUGAUGAGUUUUCUUUAUUUAAAGGGUGUUUUUUUUUCUUUGGAAAUUUCCAUAGAUUUGUUUUGGUGAAAGCCAACUUGAUGUUGUAGUUGCCCUUGCUACCAUUUCUGUAAAAAGAAAUUUAAAUUCGUCAUGUUUUAUAUAUGUAAUUUUAGCA